UUGCAGGAAGUUACAGUCACGGCCCAGUUACAGCCCUUUUACAACCCGCACAGAGGAUUAUUGUUGAGGACGAGUUUAUAAAGAUUCCGAUGCCCGGAUCGGUCCUGCUCCCGGAUGGAGGUGCAGAGACAGAAUCUGGAGAAAGGAACAGCGAGUCUUCAAAAAACAAAGAUCGUUCCGAAGAACUAACACUCCGCUGUUUCACGCUGCCCUCUCUUCCGCGGCUUAUGCUUGGAGAGCUCACAGCGACCUUUGUCCCCCACCGUCACUGGGGCGUCGAGUCUGACAGUAAAAUGGCGACAUGAAGGUGAACAGUAAACGGAACUGCCAAGGCCACGAAACAGACAGAACCCAGCUGCCCGCCGCGAAUCUCCCUGGACUGUUCCAGGUUGCAGAUGGAUGAGCUGAGGGAAAUGUAAGAUUGACAUUAUGAGCAGAAUUCGUGAUUUUAGAUUGAAUUCUGUGUUAGAACUAUUUUGUCUUUGAAUGAGAGUGAUUCAGUGCAAGAACUGCAGCGGUGAACAGGGUGUGGAAAGUAUGUGCUGACGAGGUUAAAGUCCUGUUUGUCGAUGUGAUAAGGAAAUACUGUUUACCCAGGGAGUGUCCGUUUUCCCGUGAAGGCUCACACCGCUGACUUACUCGGGCUGACUGGAUCGAGAAGCCGGAGUUCAGCAGAAGCAGAGCGUCCGAAUCCGUGAACACCGGUCACCACAAUGGCUGAAGGUGCAGACAGGGGAGGAGAUCCAGUGACGACAACAACAAGGAAGGACAAGGGCCCAAUGCCGACAAUGAACGAGCUCUUGGAAAAGUGGGAUGAUUCCCAACUCCUCCAAUUGACAAAUCAUUAUCGGGAGAGACUAGAGCAGGCGAUCGAAGAAGCGGUGGACAAAGUCGGCUUCGUUUUAACAUACAAACGACUUUUCAGUGUCGAAGACUACGCGAGAGUCAUCAAACGUGCAGAGAGAGGAAGCCGUGCGGCCUGUUCUAAACUUCUGCUCAGCCUGGUAGUUGAGAAAGACCCCCAAUCCCGAAGGCGGUUUUGGAAAUGCUUCGUGAAAAUGCAACACAUGCUCCCAAAAUUGGACAAACUGCUCGAUUUAGUGGAGAAACAAGGUUCUUAUCUGAUGAAGUAUUUGAAACACAUGUACUUUGUUCCUGAAUUGUCUGAUCAUUUGAAAGGCGUUCAACAGAAACACAAGGAGACACUGCGGGCACAAACCGAAACACUGAGAGUGAACACCAUCCUGAUGAGGGAGAAGCAGAAGGUUUUCCAGCUGGUUGAUCGAUAUGUUGAGCUCACGGUCAUUUCUACUGUUCGAGAUCGGAGACUUGUGGAACAUGAGCUGCUGGCAAGAGGCCGGGAGCAUGAAGUGCGUAGAGAGGAACAGCUGAGCGGAGAACUGGAAAAAAUCCGGACUGACCAGUUGUUCCAGAGCAGUUUAUCCCGGAGUAAAUCCAAAUCUGGGAGUUCGACAGCAGUGGUCGGAGUCCCGGGGAUCGGCAAAACAACAAUGUUGCAAAAGAUUGUUUAUGACUGGGCCACGGGGAAAAUAUACAAACAGUUUCAAUUCGUCUUCACUUUUAAGUUCCGGGAUUUAAACUCCAUUGACUGCCGAAUAACACUGAGUGAACUGAUUCUGGAUCAGUAUCCUUACUUGAGGAAUGUUCUGGAAAUGCUGUGGACAAACGCAGUGGGGUUGCUGUUUAUAUUCGAUGGUUUAGAUGAAUUCAAACACAGAAUCAAUUUUGGUGGCUGUCGGAGAGACACAAAACCUCAGUACAUGUGUACAAACCCUGAAUUCCGGUGUAAGGUAUCUGACAUUGUGUACAGUUUAAUACAGCACAAGCUGCUCCCAGGGUGUUCAGUGCUGGUGACCACCCGCCCCACUGCUUUAAAUUUAUUGGAAAAGGCGGGGAUCAGCGUCUGGGCUGAAAUCCUGGGAUUUGUUGGUGAGCAACAGAAGGAAUAUUUCAACAGGUUUUUUGAAGAUCCGACGGUGGCAGCAGCUGUUUUCAAACACGUGGAGGAGAACGAGAUCCUGUACACCAUGAGCUACAACCCGUCCUACUGCUGGAUCCUGGGUCUGGCACUGGGUCCCUUCUUCACACAAAGACACAGGGACCCGCAGCGAGUUCCCAAGACCAUCACCCAACUAUAUUCCUACUAUAUUUACAACAUCCUGAAAAACCACGGCCGUGAGAUUGAAAACCCCCAUGAUGUGUUACUGAGGGUUGGUCAGAUGGCCUUCACGGGAGUGUCCAAAAGGAAGAUUGUUUUCACAGACGGAGAUUUGAUCGAGUACAAUCUGCAGCCUUCCCAGUUCCUGUCCGGCUUCCUGAUUGAACUUUUGGAGAGAGAGGAUUCUGGCCGGAGCGUGGUGUACACAUUCCCACACCUCACCAUCCAAGAGUUUGCCGCCGCACUCGCACUAUUCCUGACUCCAGAUCCUGGGUCUAUCCUGAAAUUCCUCAGUGAAGCCCACAGCACAACAGAUGGGCGAUUUGAGAUAUUUCUCCGUUUUGUUGCUGGUCUUUCAUCCCCAGGGUCAGCUCGGCACCUGGAGGAGAUUCUGGGUCCAUUUCCCCAUCAAAGAAUCUGCCGAGUGAUUGACUGGGUGAAGGAGGAGGUUAGACGUCAGAUUGGAAACACAUGGAGUGAAGCUGGUAAAAGGAGCCUCCUGAACACACUGCACUACCUGGUUGAGUCUCAGAACCGUGGGCUGGCUCAGGCCGCAAUGGGAUCAGUGGAAACACUUUCAUUCAUUGAAUGUCAGCUGACACCGAUUGACUGCGCGGUCCUGACCCAUGUCAUUGGGUUCUGUGAUACAACAAAACGCCUCGAUCUGGACAACUGCCAUAUUGAGAGUGAAGGACUGCAGCGGCUGGUACCCGUGUUGCACAAAUGUUGGGAGUUGAGACUUGGGAGCAAUAAGCUCGGGGAUUCGGGAGUGAAACUGGUUUCUGCGGCUCUGAGAGUCCAGGAGUGUAAGAUACAGAGACUAUGGCUGAGGGAUAUCGGUCUCACAGAUUCUGGUGCUGAGGAUCUCGCCUCUGCGCUCGGUACAAACAAAUCACUGAUGGAAAUUCACCUGAGUGGCAAUAAACUGGGAAUUUCGGCCGUAAAACUAGUUUCAGCAGCUCUGAGGAAUCCGCUGUGUAGAAUACAGCAACUGGAGCUGGAUGAAGCCAUUCUUUCGGCUGAUUGCUGCGAGGAUCUUGUCUCCGUUCUCAGUAAAAGCAACUCACGGAUGCAACUGGAGCUGCGUGGAAAUGAACUGGGAGAUUCGGGAGUGAAACUACUGACUGAGGCUCUGAGAAUCACCAAAUACAAAAUACAGAGGCUGGUGCUGCGGCGUGUGGGUCUCACAUAUUCUGGUGUCGAGGAUCUCGUCUCCGCACUCAGUGCAAACCAAUCACUGACUGAGCUCAACCUUGGCUUUAAUGAGCUGGGAGAUUCAGGAGUGAAACUGCUGUCAGCAGCUCUGCGGGGCCCGGAGUAUGAAAUACAGAGACUGGUUCUAGAUCAUGUCGGCCUGACAGAUUCUGCUGCCGAGGUUCUCGCCUCGGCUCUGAGUACACAGCUGUCGCUGACGGAGUUGGACUUGACUGGCAAUUCCCUGGGAGAUUCAGGAGUGAAACUGCUGUCUGCAGCUCUGAGUAAUCCGGAGUGCAAUAUACAGAGACUGGAGCUUUACAAUGUCGGUCUCACAGAUUCUGGUGCCGAAUAUCUCGUUUCCGCUCUCAGUACAAACCGCUCACUGACGGAGCUGGAGAUGAGUUUCAACUCGCUGACAGACGGAUCUGUCCCAGCUCUACGCCGCCUCAUCCUGACCCUUCCGAGUCUGCAGUGGAUUUGGCUGAUGGGGAAUGAGUUCAGUGAGUUGGGGCAGAAUGAAUUGCGGACUCUGCAGGAGUCCAGACCCGGAGUGACAGUGAACAUGUGCACAUAUCAAGGAAGAAACAUCACCUCCCGUGGGAUGGUGAUACUUCUGGACGAUAUUCCGCCCUCCCUUUUAAAAGUGUGCUCUCCGGGUUUCAACCCUCGCAGUUCCCAGUCUGCAAACAGGUUGCGUGACCGUAUCCUCGCACCUUCCACGCCCCUCACCCCCGGCAGCCUUCCCGAGGGCAGCCGCUCGCAACAGGAACAGAACAGUCGAGGAGACAACCCGCCACCAAUCCGGCAGCGGGAAGACUGCUCCUUGGUCGAAGUGGGACUGCGUUCCUGCAGCUGUGGUGGCUGGAGCUCGGGAGAACAAGCAGUGGAUAACGGUUCGCUGGGUGGUUCCGCGUCUUCUGGCCACUGCCUCCUGGCCCCAAUGGUGAUUCUUUCUCCGAGGGCGGGGAGUGUCCGUUUUCCCGUGAAGGCUCACACCGCUGACUUACUCGGGCUGACUGGAUCGAGAAUCCGGAGUUUAGCAGAAGGCCCAAUGCCGACAAUGAACGAGCUCUUGGAAAAGUGGGAUGAUUCCCAACUCCUCCAAUUGACAAAUCAUUAUCGGGAGAGACUAGAGCAGGCGAUCGAAGAAGCGGUGGACAAAGUCGGCUUCGUUUUAACAUACAAACGACUUUUCAGCGUCGAAGACUACGCGGGAGUCAUCAAACGUGCAGAGAGAGGAAGCCGUGCGGCCGAUUCUAAACUUCUGCUCAGCCUGGUAAUUGAGAAAGAUCCCCAAUCCCGAAGGCGGAUUUGGAAAUGCUUCGUGAAAAUGCAACACAUGCUCCCAAAAUUGGACAAACUCCUCGAUGAAGUGGAGAAACAAGGUUCUGAUCUGAUGAAGUCUUUGAAACACAUGUACUUUGUUCCUGAAUUGUCUGAACAUUUGAAAGGCAUUCAACAGAAACACAAGGAGACCCUGAGGGCACAAACAGAAACCGUGAGAGUGAACACGUUCCUGACGAGGGAGACGGUGAAGGAGUUCCAGCUGGUUGAUGGAUACGCUGAGCUCACCGUCAUUUCCACUAUUCGAUAUCGGAGACUUGUGGAACAUGAGCUGCUGGCAAGAGGCCGCGACCAUGAAGUGUGGAGAAAGGAACAUCUCGGCGGAAAAAUGGAAAAAAUCCGAACUGAUCAGUUUUUCCAGAGCAGCUUUACACGGAGGAAAUCCAAAUCUGGGAGUUCGGCAGCAGUGGCCGGAGUCCCGGGAAUCGGGAAAACAACCAUGGUGCAAAAGAUUGUUUAUGACUGGGCCACGGGGAAAAUAUACCAACACUUCCAGUUUGUCUUCAGCUUCAAAUUCCGGGAUUUAAACACCAUUAACGGCAGAAUAAACCUGAGAGAACUUGUUCUAGAUCAGUAUCCUUACUUUGGGAAUAUUCUGGGAGAGGUCUGGAAGAAUCCUGAGGGAUUGUUGUUUAUAUUCGAUGGUUUGGAUGAAUUCAAGCACACAAUCGAUUUUGCUGACAGGCGGAGAGACACAGAACCCCAGCACAUGUGCCCAGAUCCCGAGUGCUGGUGUGAAGUGUCUGACAUUGUGUACAGUUUAAUCCAGCACAAGCUGCUCCCGGGGUGUUCAGUGCUGGUGACCACCCGUCCCACUGCGUUACAUUUAUUGGAAAAGGCGAAGAUCAGGGUCUGGGCUGAAAUCUUGGGAUUUGUUGGUGAGCAACGGAAGAAAUAUUUCAGCAGGUUUUUUGAAGAUCAGACCGUGGCAGAAGCUGUUUUCAAGCACGUGGAGGAGAACGAGAUCCUGUACACCAUGAGCUACAACCCCUCCUACUGCUGGAUCCUUGGUCUGGCACUGGGCCCCUUCUUCACACAAAGACACAGGGACCCGCAGCGAGUUCCCAAAACCAUCACCCAACUAUAUUCCUACUAUAUUUACAACAUCUUGAAAAACCACAGCCGUCAGAUUGGAAGUCCCCGUGAUGUGUUAUUGAGGGUUGGUCAGAUGGCCUUCACAGGAGUGUCCAAGAGGAAGAUUGUAUUUACAGAUGGAGAUUUGAUCAAGUACAAUCUGCAACCUUCCCAGUUCCUGUCCGGGUUCCUGAUGGAACUUUUGGAGAGAGAGGAUUCUGCCCGGAGUGUUGUGUACACAUUCCCACACCUCACUAUCCAAGAGUUUGUAGCCGCACUCGCACAAUUCCUGACUCCAGAUCCGGGGGAUAUCCUGAAAUUCCUCACUGAAGUCCACAGCGAGGAAGAUGGACGAUUUGAGAUAGUUCUCCGUUUUGUUGCUGGUCUCUCCUCUCCAGGGUCAUCUCGGGGCCUGGGAGAGUUUCUGAGUCCAUUUUCCCAUCAAGCAAUCUGCCGAGUGAUUGACUGGGUGAAGCAGGAGGUGAAACGUCAAAUUGGAAACACAGAGAGUGAUGCUGGUAAAAUGAGCCUCCUGAACUCACUGCACUACCUGUUUGAGUCUCAGAAUCCUGGACUUGCUCAGGCCGCACUGGAAUCUGUGGAAACACUUUCAUUCAGUGGAUUUUCCUUGACCCCGAUUGACUGCGCCGUCCUGUCUUAUGCCUUUGGGUUCUGUGAAGCAAUAAACCUCCUCAAUCUGUGUGGCUGCCACAUUAAGUGUGAAGGGCUCCAGCGGCUGGGACCCGGGCUGAACAAAUGCCGGGAGUUGAGACUUGCGAGCAAUGAACUGGGAGAUUCGGGAUUGAAACUGGUUUCAGCGGCUCUGAAGGACCCGGAGUGUAAAAUACAGAGACUGGAGCUGGGUGAUAUCGGUCUCACAGUUUCUGGUGCCGAGGAUCUCGCGUCCGCUCUCAGUACAAACCGAUCACUGAUUGAGCUGGACCUGAGUUGCAAUGAACUGGGAGAUUCGGGAGUGAAACUGGUGUCUGAGGCUUUGGGGGACCCGGAAUGUAAAAUACAGAGCCUUGAGCUGACGGGUGUCGGUCUCACAGACUCUGGUGCUGAGGAUCUCGUCUCCGUUCUCAUUACAAACCGAUCACUGACGGAGCUGGACCUGAGCAGCAACGUUCUUGCAGACGGGUCUGUGCAACACUUCCGCUACCUCAUUCUGCACCACCCGAGUCUGGAACGGAUCCGGCUGUUGGGGAAUGAUUUCAGUCGGACGGGGGAGAAGGAAUUGCGGUCCCUGCAGGAGCCCAGACCCGGAGUUAAGGUGAUCCUGCGGACAUCUGACAGAGAAACGUCUGACCAAUUUCCUGCCCUCCGCUUAAACUUCAACGCUCCAGGUUUAAACCCCAGCAGUUCCAAGCCCGGACUGGGGACGUUGUGACGUCAGAGGUGAUCCUGCUGUAACAUGAUCCAACCUCCCCAUCCCUGUCCGCAGGAGCAGCUACUGUCGGAUAACGGGUCGGAUGUUCUCCGGUGGGGCCCGGGAAAUUACACACGAAGAGCCCAGGGUGGUGCUCAAUCUGGGACACCAACUACCACACUGUUCCCCGGGGGUGGAAUCUCCAGGGACACCCUCCUUUUGGAUACGUUGCUGAGGACGAUUAUGCUGGAAUUUUAAUGCAGUCAUUCAGCAGCCUCUGGAUAUGAUGUUACUUUAUCAAAUUGUCUCCAUGGUUGGGCAUGGACCUGGCACGAUCUCGGACACUGCUCUGUGGUGUAAUUUUAUAAUCAGCAGUUCCCCUGAAAUACAAUGACAGUGUGAUAAACGGGACUGAUUAUUAACGGGUCAUUCGGUGCCCCAGGUUCUAUUAACUGUGUUCAGAGAAUUGUAUCUUUUGUUGUCAACGGCUUAUUUUUUUCUGCAAAUUAUAACUUCACGCUGUGUUUUUUACAACGACAGCCGUGAGAUUAGUAAAUGUUGUUCGGGUCACCGUCCACCGGUCAUCCUCCACCACUUCCAACCCCCGGGCACACUCCACCCAGUGAGGAAGUGUGUCGGAGGUUCCGCACCGAAAGACAACAUAAAACCCCACCACCCCGGCCCUCUCUUCACACACCGCCCUCACACAUCUCCCACCUUUCCUCUGAUUUAGUUUUUUACCGGUGCAAACAGAAAAAUACAAACCCAAGCCGAUCUGGAUAAAGACGUUUCAUUAAAUUAACUAAUAAUAUUCAGAUCCGGGAACCAAUUGUCGAUAAACAGGCUUUAAGUUUACAUUGAUUUUGCUUCAGGAAUGUCACUUUUGGUUUGAUUUAUGUUAAUAUCACACGUAAAGAGAUACAGCGAUAAGCUUUGGUGUUGCGUGUCAUUCACACAGCUCAAGCCAGAAAUAAUUACAUUAAUGUAGCGGAAAGAAAACUGAAUGGGAAAUAUAAUGUUAUAUUUCCGGAGAAAGUGCAGAUGCAGGUAGACAAAGUGCAAGGGUCACGACAAGGUACAGUUGGAAAUCAAGAGUUCAUAUUUUAGCGUGUGAGAGGUUCGUUCAGGGGUCUGAUAACAGCGGAAGAGAAGCUGUCCUUGAACAUGGUCUUAGCUGUCCUCAAAUUUUCAAUUUUUUGCAUUUUUUUCAUUUUGAAUCUUCUGCCCGAUGGGAGAGGGGAGAAGAGAGAAUGACCAGAAUGGGAGCGAUCCUUGAUUAUGUGCGUAUUAUGAAGGCAGUUUGGAACGAAUAAUACAACACUUUGUCACAAGUGACCAGUGGAACUUUGUUCUGAUGAAUCGUUAUCGUUAUGACGCCUUUUCAUCUUUUUUCUCGCUCCGCAGUCACGAACCUGAGCAUUUCAAGUACUUUUUCUAUCCAAUUUCGGACGUAAACACCUUAAUUAUUUCACGUUAGCCGUGCGAGAUAUUUG